ACGUAGGACUGACUAUCCUGCUAUGGUAACAAUAAGUCACUGAAAGCCAAGCUCACUUUACUAGUGGAUACUGGAAGGCCUUGACCAACAACGGUUGUUGUGCCAAAGAAGCAAGGAUGUUAUAUAUGCCAAUUUAAUCAAAAUAUGUAUGGAAUAAGACGGCAUCGUCAAAAUGCCAAUUGAAAAAAAAAUAUCAUUGCAAAGAGACUUGCGAAGAGUCAUCUUAGAGAGAUUUCACUGUUGUUCGAUAAACAACGAUAUCCACACAGCAAGGAUAGCCUGUAAAUCUUCAAUCGUAAUAAGUAACUCGUAACUAACAUACUCGUUAUCACAUUCGAGUGAGUUUCGCUCAUCAGACACCCAACACGAUUCUGGAGGUAUGUCGAAUCAAAACGGGGUUACAGCUCGCUCCUCGCUGUUCUCAAAUAUAACAACGUCUCCACAAUCAGUAAGGAAGGCAUGUGCAACCUAUUUGCUGACCGUUACAAGGACUGCUUUACUACGGAUGAUGCAAGCUUAUCAUUAGACGCAGCUUUAAAUAAUGUGCCCCGUGAUGUUGUUGAUAUUGAUGUACGCGAUAUUAUUAUUUCGGUAGAUACUGCAUGUUCUGCAGCAGGUCAAAACCUCAUACAACCCUGGACCCGAUGGUAUUCCUACGGCAAUCCUUGCCAAAUGCCGCGAAUUUUUAGCAGAGCCUAUGGCUCACAUCUACCAACUCUCUUUUGCACAAAGUAGUGUACCCACGGCCUGGAAAUCCUCUGUGAUGUUUCCGGUGUACAAAAAAGGGGAUAAAAGCUCUGCUGAGAACUACCGCGGUAUAACAGGUUGCCUUCUUGUAGUUCUCUCGUUCUUAUAUUUCUACACGCCAGCAUGGUUUCUUUCCUCGACGCAGUGUUACCACAAACCUGGUGGAAUUUGUCUCCAACUGCCACGCAGCCUUUACUUCCGGAGCUCAGAUGGAUGCAGUAUACACUGAUCUUAAGGCUGCGUUUGAUCGUGUGAACCAUCGCUUGCUGUUGGCUAAGCUCGCCCGGAUCGGUCUCUCUACUCCGCUGGUGAAUUGGUUCAAGUCCUACAUCUCUGAACGUAGCUACUACAUACAAAUCGACGGUGUCUAACGUCUUCGAGAGUUCAUCCGGCAUUCCUCAGAGCAGCAACUUGGGACCCCUGUUGGUCUCGCUUUUUAUCAAUGACGUCACACUGGCCAUUACGGAAGCAGAUUGUCUGCUUUAUGCGGAUGAUGUUAAGCUGUUUCAUGUCGUACGGAACACUUCUGACUCUCUUUCUCUGCAAGGAUCGGUUGAUGUUUUUUCUGACUGGUGCAACAAUAACGACCUGCUAAUUUCUGUUGAUAAGUGUACGUCAAUGUCGUUCUUUAGAAUAGCUAGUCCAAUAAAGUAUAACUAUAGCAUAUGGUCAGGGAUUUAGGAGUCACCCUGGACCGCAAACUAGAUUUCCGACAACAUUACUGUGAUAUUUUAGACAAAGCUAACAAAACGCUAGAAUUUAUUCGUCGUCAUUCGAGAGAGUUCAAUGACCCGCAUUGCUUGUUAACUCUGUAUAAGUCCUAUAUUUGUUCUAUCCUCAAGUUUAGUUCUACAGUUUGGUGUCUGUUCUAUAGUAUAUAAUCCAAUAGGAUAGAAGCUGUCCAAAAGAGAGUUACACGUAUUGUCCUACACUUCACUCCGUGGCGUAAUGUAACCCCUCGUCCAUCGUAUCAUACUCGUUGUUUGUUGUUUGGUCUGGACACACUUGGUAGGAGACGUGAUAAUGCCAAAUGUACGUUUAUGUCCAAACUUAUUGUCGGUGAGAUAGAUUCGCCAUAACUUCUGGCUAGAGUCAACAUAAAUGUCCCUCCUAGAGUGUUCCGUAACUACAGACUAAUAACUGAGCUUUCAAGACGUGCAUACAGCGAGAACGACCCUAUGACUGCGAUGGCCCGUAAAUUUAAUCAGCGUUACACUUCAUUUGACUGGCACCAACCUACAAGAUUCUGUUGAUCCGUCUUGACAUUGUACAGUGCGUUUAACCUGCUCUUUGUGUUAGUUAUUUAAGUUCUAGCUUUAAUUCAGUGAUAAGGCCGCUUGUUUGGCCAAUCACUUAAAUACAAUAAACAAUUAAACAAUUGAACAACUCACGAAGGGAAAAUCACUCAAAAUAGAGCGAGAGACAAAUAGAAAGAGCGAAAGGUCUAUAUAAAAUCUUCGGCUUUUGACCGUUGGGACUGUUCCGCGCCGAGGACAUGCGGUCGGAUAAAUUGUUUACACGUAUAACCUUUGUGUAAAUCAGUGUAUUGGAAACACCCAAUUAUUCUUUAUGUUAAAAAAGUUUUUAUUCGAUGGAGUUUUUCUUCUAUGAUAUUUUUGACCACCCGAUGUGAGGAUUGUAACGUCACUAGCUAUGUUUGCCUACUCUUUGGAAGUAUUUUUGGUUAUAAAAGGAUUUUAACGACACUUGUAAGAUACCACUUCCGUUUAUUGCAAGAGGUUUUGUUGCCGGCUUUAGACUGCUCCUGACAGGAUCGCUAUGUAAUGUUAAGGAAAAGGAGCUAUGAAAAGGAGAUCCGCUCGGGUUUAUUCAUUACUUAUACAUAUUAACAGUAAUACUUAUGCUGAGGAACGACGACAGACAGAAGAUCUUUGCUUGAGCGAGGAUGAUCCUGGUCAUAAUAUAGCUGCGCCAGAAACUCUCCGUGGUUAACAACCAACGGAGUCAGCCCACCCCAAGGCUCAACCUGGACCGGUUGAAAUGCACUGAUGUGGCGGAGGUGUACGCGAAGUGCUUCAGGCCGACAACAACAUCGCCGCGAUGCCCCUCAUAGAUCACCGACUACGGUGCUGAUGGCUCGUUCCACCAUACGCCAAACACAAGAUCGACCGCUUACCACGUGGAGAGAAAAAGGAAUGGUUCGACAAAAAGUGCAGACGAGCACUAUCGGAGAAGAAUGCAGCGCGCGCCUGGAUGGUACCGCAUGAAACCUGUCAAAACGUGGAGAAAUGCAGACGACUGGAGAAACAGCAGACUCUGCUCUUCCAAGCCAACCAGCGUGAAAAGUCAGAUGAACAGCUGCUGGAGCAGCUUUCUCAGUCGGGGGACACCCGCUUGUUCUACAGGAGAUUGAAGGAUGCACGAAGCGGGUUUGCUCCUAAAACCGCAAUGUGCCGGAAUGUAGUAGGAAAACUCCUGACAAACAAGAUGAGUGAUUGAGGCAGGUGAUCGAAAGGUGGAAGUGCUUCUUCGAAAGACACCUGAAUGGAGCAGAGACGCUGGCGCAGGUGGUUGAACAUGGCAACCACCACAGCAGCAGCACAGUAGUAAUAACAGCGACAGCAUUGGCGCAUACGACGAGGUGCCCCCGCCAUCUCUGGAUGAGAUUGCCGGCGCUAUCAAUCUGCUUAAGAGUAAAAUGUCUGCUGGCAGUGAUGGGCUGGCGGCCGAGCUAUUCCCGUCUUGAAGGCUUACCGGAGAGGCUUACCGUCGAAAUGCAUCAGCCGAUCAGCAUGAGGAAGUACAUGAGGAGUGGAAGCUGGGUGUUAUUUACGGAGUAUAAAAAAAGGGCGACAGGCUGGAUUGCUCGAAUUUCCGAGCCAUCACAGUCCUGAAUGCCGCCUACAAGAUCCUGUCCCAGAUCCUGUUCCGCAGACUUGCGCCCCUUGCUACAAAGGUGGAAUUUUGUCGGCAACUACCAAGCUGGGUUUGUUGGAAGCAAAUCUACCACCGACCCAAUUUGCAUUUGCGGUGUAGCGCAAGGUGAGAGUUUCGAGCUUGACGUUGGAAUCAUUCAUAUCUCACAGCGAUCUGAGGCAAGGGGACGGAUUUUCAACAUCGCCCUGGAAGGUGUCAUUCGAAGCGUGGGCCUGGACAACGACAUCCGUGCCAUGAUCCUCUAUCGGUUCCUCCAAUUUCUUGGCUUCAAGGAUGACAUAGAUAUCAUCGGCAGAAGAACAGCGAAGGUGUGUGAGGCGUACACCCGACUGAACCACGAAGCAGCAAGAAUUGGAUUGAGAAUCAAUGCGACGAAGACGAAGUACCUGCUUACCGGAGACUCAGACCAUCUGGGAAGCAGUGUAUUAGUUGACGGCGACAAUCUCGAGGUAGAAAAGGAGUUCUGCUAUCUUGGAACGGUCGUUACUUCGAACAACGACGUCAGCAGCGAAAUCCGGAGACGCUUUAUGCAGGGGAAUCGGGCAUACUAUGGGCUUCCAGUUCCAGAAGACUUCAAGCCCGCACGAAAUGUGAGAUAUGAGCAUCCUGGAGAAUGAUGGUUGAUUAGGUUGAGAGAGAGAGAGAGAAAGAGAGAUAGAGGGAGAGAGAGAGAGAGAGAGAGAGAAAGAGAGAGAAAUUCUGGUUUAUUCACAACUUCACAACUUUUUAAAUCAACUACAACAAAAUUACCAUUUGUUGCAAGAGUUUCGGCUGCAUUUUCGAUGUAUUCGUAAAGCCUACCAAUGAUCAACUUUGACGGAAAAAAGACUGACUGCAUUAACCCCAUCUCCAAUUUUUUGGAAAUGAAUUGGGUUAGUAAGGAGUUGGAUUGGAAUUACAACUGUUUACAGCGUUAUAGUUGAUUCUCGUACCUUUUACUUCCAAUCACGUGUCGUCACUUGCAACUCGCAAACUACUAUUAUCAAAUGCCUGCCUAUACAAUCGACUUGCGCGCACACUGUGGUCGUCGCAUUAACGGAAUGCAAUGCUACUGCGACGAUCCAGAGUUCAGUUUUUCCAUCCUUUCUUCCUUGGUAACAAAAUUCGACGAACCAAAUGAUGGCUACGUUGUGCACCACCUGCGAAGCUUUUUAUGUCACGAAGAAGAAUAUGAACUAUAUUAACGAACUAUUUCAGUUGCACAGUUGGAUGACACAGAUUACCUGGUGAAUAUUCACAAGCUGGACAUAAUGCUACUCAGUUGGGCAUACGAUGGCGUAAACGGGUCUGUGCCUCGGAAUACUGGUCCAGAAUGUGCUGAUUACUUAUCACCUGUUCGUAAACUGGUAGAAACAAUGGUGAUAAUACCAUUGUGUCUAAUAGCUAUCAAGUGCUCCGUGAGCCGACUAAAACCGAUCGCAUACCAGCAGAUAGAUCGCUUUACCAGUAGUCCAUUUAGCGGUAAUAGAACACUUAGCACCAGCAAUUAUAAUCUCAAUAAUUUAAGCUAUCAGCGGAAUAUGGUUGAACAAGAACCGCGAGAUUUACUUAUGCCACAUCAUCGAGAACGUUCAUUCUCUUCAGCAUCAAUUGCUAGUGGAAUUGUAGAAGAUAUUCAUUGUCAGCGAUGCUUGCAUCAAAGUGCUACGCCAAUUCGAGGAAUGGCAUUUCCUGUUGACUUUUCUGUUCCUAGUUGGGGUAAACAAUUUCUUCUUGUUACUAUGACAUUAACGUUAGGUGUUGAGCUUGGAUUUAAAUUUGCAACUAGAACUGUUAUUUACAUUUUAAAUCCGUGCCAUAUUACCACCAUAAUGCAGAUAUAUCUAUUGGCCUGUAACAAAUCAACCAAAAGCAGUACCGUACUUUUUCGACUACAAAUGAACUAUUUAAAUGGUCCAUUACUAGCCUUCAUGUUUCCAGAAACAGAUAGCCGUCAGCUACCACUUGAAUCAUCAAUCUACUGGAUUCAACACGCACUCAUGUGUAUUAUACCUAUAUUCUUAUUAAAAAGUGGAGGAGUCUAUAAUAUGGAACCUCUAAAUGAUUUCACCUGGAACGUUAUUGGUUACGCUACUUUGAUACUCUAUCAUUUUGGAAUCCUGCAAGUUAUAGCAUCUCCCGUACAAGUAAAUCUAAACCACAUGCUUUGCCCAGCAUUGAAAGAUCCUUUCGAAGGCUCCAACUACCGUGUAUAUGCUGUGUUCCAUGAGGCAAUUCUAUGCACACUACUUUGCAAAAUAAUCACUUUUCUGUUCAGUCCGCUGCCUUCGCCAAUUAUAAAUCGUCCACCGUUCAUCAAAAACGGAAAACCAACCGACGUUUCUACAGUGAUUUCUGCUGCUAUGAGUACGUCUACAUCGCUUCCUCCACAUCUUAUUACAUCAUCUCGCCCAUCUUCAAGAUCGUCAUCACCAGCAAAAGCAUCAACUAUUUUGCAGGAGAAUAAUAUUAUUAUAAAGACUAGUAAAAUUGACUAGUGCAGUUUUAGUCUAUUUCAAGAUCUUUGUUCCAUACUCGGGCUUAACAUAAUGGUCAACAAUAGUUGAGAAUAUUUCACGUCCAGUAUCUAUAUAUACAUAAGGGCUGUUCAUAGAUAAAAAUAAUUACAAUUUUAAUCUAUUAUAUUUCACAUGCACGAUAGUCCUAAUGCUAGGAAAGUGCAUGGAAUAGUAUGACAUAAAAUAUUAUUUUUGUCCAUUUUUUUUUUGUUUUCAAUGUGUUAUUAUUAUCUCCCAUUCGGUACGUGUAGCUUUAUAAAUUCCAAUUAUAGAGGGGUUUACGAUUCAAGUCACGUUUUUUUAUAACUAUUUUUACACUUGGCGGCUGAAAUAAUUUCAACACUUACUAUAAAACCACAGGCGAAACUAGCAUCAGAUUUUCAGCCUUGAUUACUUAAGCCUGAAAAAUAUGUAACAAAAGACUCACUGCAGGCUCAUGCUCAUAAAUGAUCGAAUUCUUUCAUGUGAAAUAAAAAUAAUUAACUAAGAAUUAUUAAAAACUAUUUUAUACUUUGAAACUAUAUUUUUUUAAUUUAAAGGUUCCAGAGUAUGUUCCUGAGAUACGAGGUUUUUGCGUACCCGUGGCAUAUGCGUAUCCCGAAUAUCACGUUUUUUAACCCAAAUGCAUAUAAUACAUGAAUAUUAUUUGUUUAAUUUAAUACUUGUAUACAUUUUAUUAUUUUAUUAAAACGAUUUGUGCAACAAAAUAAAGAUAUUUAGAGAAAAUACUUAAAAGGCGGAAUGCAAGAAUACAAUUUAUUUUGUAACAACUUUUUUCACAAUUUUUCAAUAAAACAAACAACAAUAAACAUUCUUUUGAUUUCAGAUAUAAAUGGUCAAGUUUAGAAAACCGCGUAUCUUGGAAUCCGCGUGUAUCGAGAACCGCGUAACUAAGAAUCAGACUGUGUAACCUAUUUCAAACAGAAACAAAGAAAACCAAACGUUUUUAACACCGUAACAUAACGAUGUCUAUCAUAUAUGAUAAUCAGGGAUGACUGACUUCAAAUCUGAAUAUCUUUUUACAUAUUAGAGGUAUUGUCAUGAAUUUUGGCAAAAAGAUUAUCUAAAUGAUACAUCAUUUUGCAAUGUAUACGGUUUUUUCUUGUUUUUUUUUUUUAUUUUGAUAUAAUAAUUCUUUUAUAACCAUAAAUAGCCAAAAUACCAGAAUAUAAAUGCAAAAUAACAAUUCCUUCGAUUAGUAUAGUGUAGCCACAUAUAUUUUAAUUAUAAUGUAAGUUUUCUAAACAUCUGAUAUACAGCAGAUAUUAUUUAAAAUAUUAUUUAAAUUACAACACACGUUUUUUACAUGAUCGCUUUUCAACGAAACAUCAAGUUUUGAACAAAUCUAUACUUAUCAUUUAACUGUUGUUUUGCCGAUUUCAUGAAAACACGAUAUGAAAUCAACCGAAAUUGUAUUGAAAAUCAUCAUUUUCAUCAAUGUUUAGUUUGUUUAUAUUCAGUCAUACUUCCCUGGUGGAAAUGGCUAUCAUAUAUGUUUUGUGCAUUACUAAAUACUUAUAAUUAUUCAACAUUUUUGGGGCCUUGCAAGUUCUUAUUUAACAUUAAAAUAAAGAUUAAGCAGUAAAUAAAAUGAGUGAUAUUUCGUGAGUUUAUUAUAUAAUUCAGUGUGUUAACGAAAUAUUCAAGGAUGACAAUUAAAAAUCGUUUAUAUUACUUUUUCUACAUUAAAUUAUCAUUAUCUACGAGACGAAUAGACGAUUCAAGUGAAAUUGGUAUUUUUACUUACUUGAAUUUAGAUUUCGUAACUAAACAAAUUAUCAACAAUUUUGUUAAUUUGACAAAUUUUCCCGAUAACAUCAAUAAACAUGCAAAAUUGCACUCAAGUACUAAGAAUUAUGUUCUAUUUGCUAUGCUGCAUUAGCGGAAUCUGAUUGUUAAUGAAUUUAAAAUGACGUAAGGUUCCUCAAUUAUGGUAGUCCAUUAAGACGCUUUUCCAUCACUAGAUCUCUUUAAUGCACCUUGCUUUAACGGUAGAAAGGGUGUAUGUCGAGCCUAAAAUGAAUUCCUGAAAAGCAAACAUGCGUUUAAAAAAACAAAACAUAAAAAUUGGAUUUAGGUCAGCCACCAAGUUACAAAAAACUAUCUAUUCAGAGAAUAAUUCAAGUAUUGAAAACAAUCUGGAAUGAAAAGCAUAGGUAGUCCCCGAGAAAAGCGGUAACUAUUAUACGCGAAUUCGGAGAUGCACGGAAUUCUAAAUUUUAUAGUUUUUUAGCAACUUGUACUGAUUUGACACAUACAUUGACAAAUGCAAAAUAAACUUCCUUCUGGUCGAAUUUUAUAAAAAGAGGUUAUAAACUUUAAAUUUUCAAUCGGAAUAAUAUCAAUUAAUCAAUGCUUAAACCUUUCGCUGCAACCAAAAUAACACGAAGCAGUGAAAUUGGACAUACGCGGAAAUUCGAAAUACUAUUUUUCUUUUCGGUCUGCAUUAACACUAGGUUUACGGGGGACUGCUACCUCCAAUCUCUACGAACACUUCCGUUAAAUCAAAUCCAUGACAGUUGGAUAAGAAUACUUGUUUAGAUAACUUAAUAUAUUAGGAAAAUAAUCUAUCUAAAUUAUGUGUCGCUUAACAAUCGUGGUUUCCAUAGAAAUUCAUCUGCUCAUUGCCAAUUACGAAAUGUAAUUGUGAUAGUCGUUAUUGUUUCACCUACAUAGUCCGAUGCAGGUUUGAGUAUCGACGAACAAGAGGAAUAAGUUGGUUAGCAAUGCCAUAUCAACAUUAUUUCAUGAUAGAUAUAGAGUUCUAUCACUCCUAUAUUUCCUUUUUAAAGAAAAUGUUACAAUUAAACUUAACACAUUAAAUACAAACAACCCAUCCGUCAAUUUAAUGGAUUUCGUAGAGAUAGGUUUACAACAUGUGUAAUAAGAAAAUAAUGAUUAUGUUACAAAAUCGAUACGAGAGACCUUUCAACUGUUUUCGCUCCCUAGUAGCGGUGUUUCUUUAACUUCGAUUCACUGUCAACUAUUGAAUAUGUGCUUUUUAAGUUGGCACGUUUUUCUCACGGUUUGUGAAAGAGAACAAGUCGAAGCGUUAAGAACGAAUAGACAAAAAGUGAAAAAUUUGACAGUUAAAUCUAACAUAAGCCGACAUCGCGAAAGAAAUGGUUU